AGAGGAGACAUGGAUAGAAAAAGCUAUUUUAAAUUUAUUGCUUUUAACAUGUGUAUUUUCUUAAUAGCGUUUCUUCUUGCGUUUUACCUUACGCCUUCAGUUUAUCAUCGAACUACUCUGCAAUCAAUUAAGGAUUUAGAUGAUACAUUCUUAAAGAAUACGCUUAAUGCCGUCGAUAGAGAUAGAUUAAGAAAUUUCCUUAGAUCCUACGCAUCUAAACCGCAUAUGGCCGGUACGCAAAAGGAUAAAGUAAACGCCGAGAAGUUGUAUAAAUUCUGGAAGGAAUUGGGUUACGAAGCGAAGAUAAUACCAUAUAGGGUUUUGCUAUCGUUUCCCUCGGGGAAUCGAGAAGAGACGAACUUGGUCCGAUUUAAAAAACGAAAUAAUUCCUGGUGGACCAGUCGUGCGCUGGAAAAACAGUUAGAUGGAAUAUCAAACCAAUCUGACCAUAUUGUAAGGCCUUUUAAUGCUUUUUCUGGUUCAGGUAACGUUACUGGAACGCUAGUUUACGUCAAUUAUGGGAGGGAAAUGGACUUUCUAUAUUUAAGAAACAAAUUCAAAGUAGAUUUCCGAGGGAAAAUUGCCGUUGCAAAGUACGGAAAAAUAUUUCGAGGCGAUAAGGCUAAAACCGCUGAAAGAUGGAAUGCGAGUGGUCUAAUUUUAUUUACGGCGCCUAAGGACUACGCUCCUAAAUUUGCCGGCAAGGUAUACCCAGACGGAAUACUAAUGCCAUCUGACGGCGUUCAAAGGGGCUCCCUGAAGCUUGAAGGCGACCUCCUAACCCCCGGUUGGUCGGCAACGGACGAAUCGUUUAACUACAGACUUAACAUAGACGAAGCUCAACUAGUCAAAAUUCCAGUUUUACCAAUCAGCUAUGGAGAUGCUGAGAUUUUAUUGCAAGGCUUUGAGAAGGAAGCAGUUCAGAAGUAUAAUCUAACGUCUGAUUGGGAACACGGAUUAGAAUUUGAAAAUAUAGACGCUUCAGCGUACUAUCGUUACGAAAAAUCGAACGAUUAUACAAAGCAGGUGACGCUUAUUGUAAACGUUACGAAAGAAAUUCGAACGACCUACAACGUUCAUGCGAUACUCGAGGGCAGUAUUGAAACGGACAGGUAUGUUAUCGUCGGUAAUCACAGAGAUGCUUGGAUCUACGGAGCUAUUGACCCGUCUAGCGGAACGGCUGCUCUAUUAGAAAUCUCAGCAAUUUUAGCUAAAGCAAAAAAGGAUGGAUGGUCUCCCAAGAGAACGAUUAUCUUUUGUAGUUGGGCUGCUGAGGAACAAGGCCUAAUUGGUUCAACCGAAUGGGUUGAGCAAUUCUCAAAUAUCAUUUCUGCGCGGGCAGUAGCGUACUUAAACACAGAUAUAGCUGUCUUAGGCACGUCGACAUUAAGAGGAGGCACAUCAUCAGGCCUAAUAAGCAAUGUUUUACUGGAAGCUGCAAAGAGGGUUGAAAAUCCUAAUAAGACAGCAAUAGGUUAUGGUUUGAAGACUGUAUAUGAUUCUUGGAAAAAGUAUAUGCCUGAUAGGGACAAUGCCAAGAGGCCUUACAUCUCUCCUCUCGGUUCUGGAAGCGACUAUCAACCAUUCAUUAAUUAUCUUGGUAUUACUUCUGUUGAUAUUUUCUAUAUGUACGAUCCAGUACGUUCUAUUUUCCUUAUUUUCAUUUAUCCUACGUUCUGACAGCAAUUUAUUUAAGAAUGUCUAUUAUUAAUCCAUUUAGAGUCUUCCGAUUCCCUUCUAUCCACUGUAUCACACAGCUUACGAAACUGUUGAUCUUGUGGAAAGGCUCUACGAUCCCGAAUAUUACUAUCACGAAGCUGUCGUAAGGGUAUGGAUGACCAUGGUAUUAAACUUAUCCGAGUCCACAAUUUUACCUUUCGAUCCUUUUGAAUUUGCCAAUCAAUUAUCGAGGAAUGUGGAAAAUGUUUACACUGCUGCUAAGAAUCUCUCAAGGGACAAAUUAGAGAUGAACUCGGAAGUUGUUAAUGCAACUAGUAAUAUAAAUAUGGAUAUAGCAUGAAACUCUUAUUCAUUUUACUAAAUGUACAGAUGAACUACUUAAAGUUGUCUCUCGGUUUAAAAGCAGGACAGAAUCUUUCAAUUCUCAAUUGAUGGAGCUUCGAAAACAAGGCCAAUCCGGAUUCCUUAACAUUCGAUUAAUUAACGACAAGUUAAUGGCAAUUGAGCGUUUUUUCAUCCUUCGUCAAGGCCUACAAGGUCGUCCAUUAAUGAAGAACAUGCUGCUAUCUCCAAGUAAAUAUAAUACAUAUGGAGCAACGAGUUUACCUGAGCUAUCGGAUGCUCUAUAUGAUAUUCGUUAUGGAGAGAAUAAAGAUUGGGAUGAAUUUCACAAACAAGUCAGUCUUCUAACAGCUUCAAUAAGAGAAGUGGAAUCUUCUUUAAAGAACUCAUCGCUUUUUAUGAACUAGGCAGUUUUUCAUCGGUUUUGCUAUUUUUUUGGAUUUUUUGCAUGAUUUAUAUUUUAAUAAGGAGCAAAAUAAAAAAUAAAAUAUGUAAAUUAAGUCUGAUUAAAAUCAUUAGUGAAGCCUUUGAUAUGUCCCAAUUUUUUUGGAAAAAC